GCGAGAUUUCAAACGUUGCAUUCCAAACCGAGACUUGGUGUUUGUGUUUCUUGUCGGGGCUGUGGAAUUUAUUGCCCUUUUUUCCAUAAAAUACCCGGGAUUACCUCGAAAAUGAGCGCAGAAACAAACCUAAGCAAUAGUACUGAGUGGGAGCUGAGCAAAGAGAACGUACAACCGUUGAAAAGCGGCCGUAAAGUGGCAAAUUUAACGGCUGCUUUAGCACCGAGUUCUUGCGACUAUCAGUCGAAAAUUUCACGUGAAAAACAGUUAUUUGAAACAGAGAUCAGGACUUAUGAAGGCGACGAUCCACUUCAAGUUUGGUAUAGUUAUAUCGUGUGGAUUUGUGAGAAUUUUCCGACGGGGUGUCGUGACCAAAGUACUCUGUUGGAAAGAUGUAUAUCGCUUUUUAAAGACGUGGACAAAUACAAGCACGACGAGCGCUAUUUAAAGAUUUGGAUCCAAUAUGCAGACCUCUGCACAGACCCUAUAGAUGUGUAUGACUAUAUGCACAGUCAAAGCAUGUUCAGUAAGCUGGCCAAACUAUAUGAGUCAUGGGCCUACAAUCUAGAGAGACAGGGCAACUACAAGAAAGCAGAUGAAGUGUACACCCUAGGCAUCAACAGAGAGGCCCAGCCCAUGGAAGUGCUGACGAGACAACACAAAGCAUUUGAGAGACGGCUUUCAGAGUUCAUCAGUACUAAUGAUUCACCAGAUGACAUAAACCAGGAAAAUGAUCCUCAGAGGGUCGCACUAGGUGGACUAAAAAAGCAUGGCAAGAAGGGUACUGUGGGAGCUCAGAGGACAGGACAUGGAGUUACUACUUCCAAAAAGGGUGGAAUUGGAGUAGCAAAGCCAGUAGGAAACUCCAAGGGUUUGGGUUUUGCCAUAUUCCAAGACGAUGCACCAACCCAAGCCAGCAGUAUUCCAACAGCGGCGGGAGAGUGGGCAGUACCACCCACUCAGCCAACAAAAAUCAAGGAGAAUACCCAAGAAGCUGGAAAAUGGAGUGAAGCGAAGAUCAAGCAAAGAUAUCAGCCUUCAAUUCCCUUUGACAGUACCGCUUCUAAGCAGAACUUCACAGUUCAUAUUGAUGAUGAGGCAAUUAAUAAACUGCCCUGCACACCCCAGCAUGGCCAGAUGGUCAACGACAAAGUGCUGAGUACCCGCAAACCUGACAAACUGCAGGCUAAUGAUUUAUUCAAAGGCAUAACAAUGGCAGACAAUGGCGAGGACCCAAGGUUUAAACCGAUGUACUGCAAGGAUAAGAUAUAUGCUGGGGCAACAGAGUUCUCGUUUGAGGAGUUAAGAUCAGCAAGGCUGCUCACAAAGCUUGCCAACAAGGCAUGGUCAACAGAGUACAGCAACAUAGAGCAGCCAGACCCCUACCUUAACAAGUGCGUGAUGUACCCCAAAGCUGAGGUUUAUCCUAUCCAUGCAGAGGAAUGCCAACUGGAGGAAGUGCUCUCAAGGAGAUACAUAGCACGAGUCCAAAGACGGCAAGAGGCCGCCAGGACAGCUGCCAUGGCCACAGCCCAGGUGUCCACGUCUGAUGUUGUCAUGGAGACAGAGGCGGAGGAUGAGCCGAUGGAUUUUGGGAGUUGUCACAGGUUGCCUUUAGAACGUUCUAGAAUGGCAACUGCACUCAGUAAACCAGUUGUUGAUGGGAUGGAUCGAUCUGCUCGCAGAGGUCUUCAGUUUUGUGAUACUGAAUCACAAGGCAGCAAAAUGAAGAACAUGAUUUAUCAUGACCCACCUCGUAGUGAGACUGUCCCUGCUUCAGCCUUCCGAACUGUCCAACACCCCUAUGAAGAGACGAACAUUAACCCUCCUAAUUCAGCCUUCCGACCUAUCCAGCAAGCUACCAUGCGACAAGCACUGGGUGAAAGAUGGGUCCCCCAUGAAGAUAUUUCUCAUCCAGGUAUCUCAAGACAAGCUCUUGUAGACCAAGAGAUGGCUCCACAAAAUGCCUUACAAGAUCAAAGAGUUAACUUGCAAAAUAGACGAGCACUGGGAGAAAGGAUGGUGGAUGAGGUGCCAGCUCCUUGUGUGCCCUCUAGGCCUGUUGCCCGAGCACUUGGGCCAAGACCUGACUUACUGCAAACUGGUCAAGGUGCUCCAGGUAUAUCAGGGCAUAUGAAAACCACACCCAGAGGAAAGCACCUGUCAGACACGCCCGAAGCAAACAAGUCAGGUGACACGUCCUAUCUGACCUUCCCCUCCCCUACUGUUAAUACUAAGGCUGCCAUUGACGAGGUAAUGGCAAUGUUUAACAACCCACUAAUGUUGGAAGCUGAUGAAGCCAUGCCUUGGUCCAGUGCCGUGCCAGAACCUGCAGGGCGGGGAGACUUUGAAGCAGCAUUCAGUAACGAGGGGUCUAGUAUUGUGCCAAUUGCCGGAUCCUUAUUCAAGGGCCCUACUUUUGCUAUUUACGAUGAGUCAAAACAGGAGGUAGCAGCCGUUCCUAAAGACAAAGAUGUUGAAGAUCAGGAAAACAGGCCACCUCGGGAUUACACUCAAGAGCCUCAAACCCGCCCACUGGCAGGCAUUCUACAGCCGUCAAUUGGAAUCCCAGUGUGUCCCCUAACUGAGCAAGACGAGGAGGAGGAAGAACCUGUAGAAUACCAGGAAACUGAAGGGGCCAGAGAUGCCCACGCAACCGACAUCACCACCUAUACCACCUUCUCAGCUGCAGCACACGUUGCCUCCACUCCAUUCCACGGUGGCAUUGAUCCUCCUUCGUUCUCUGUCAGCUCCAUCCAACCGCCAGCUAUGGCCGAGCACGAAGAUGAACCCUCUGCUGCUGUUAAUGGCCAGGAAUUUGCAUGUACCCCAGGACAGAUACUGAGCCCGAUUUUUGAGCGCAGUGAGGAAGAUUACAGGUCUUCUUCAAGCUCUGCCUCAUCCACCGGAUCCUCGGCGGCAUCAAGUCAUCACAUGAUGUCCAGGAAUGAAAGUGUUGCACCACAGGGUCAGGGUCAUCUCUCCUCCAUAGCUGAGCAACACAACCAUGUCUCUGAACGUUCUGUUUCCACGAAUGAACCUCUGGUCCCCAUGAAUGACCCCAUGAUUUCUAGGAAUGAGUCCAUCGGGAAUGAAUCUAAAGUUUCCCAUGAUAAAUUCAUGGUCUCAAGAAGUGAACCUGAAGUUUCCAAAAGUAACUCUUUAGUUUCCAGGAACGAUCACAUGGUUUUCAUGAAUAACUCGGUGGUCUCCAGAAGUGAGCCUGAGUUUUCCAGGGAUACAUCGAUUGUCUCCAGGGAUGAAUCUGGGAUUUCCAGGAACUGUUCUGUGGUUUCUAACUACAAACCUGAGGUUUCCAGGCAUGAUACAGUUGACGAAUCAGUGUCCAGUGAUGCACCAGCAUUAGUUGAUGGCAAGCAGACAUUGAGCGAGUCUACCUUCCAUGACGAUGGUACAACCGAUGUGAACCCAUUCAGUGAUCACGUGGUCCGCGAGCUGCUGUCCACCCUCCCCUCCCACGUUUCUUCGUACGAGGGUUACUGUGACCUGGGUGAUGAGGAAGUGCCGAGGAUCGCGCCCCGUCUUGCUGUAGGACUUGGUGAUAAUGACCUUUACCGUGUAGAAGAGGCCAUCGGGUCGGGAGCGUUCGCCAAGGUGUACCGCGCAGUGAAGCUUUCCCCUGACUUCACCUACACAGGAUUUGAGGCCGAGGAAGAGAUCGUCGCGCUCAAGGUCCAACAGUGUUCCUCGGAUAUGGAGUUCUACAUCACUCGACAGCUUCACUCAAGAAUCGACCAACUUGGACUUUCCCAGAAAAUGCACGAUGCGUUCAUGAAGCCCACGGCGCUAUACUCGUAUGCGGGCGGCACCUCUGUGUUGGUAGACCAGUACUUGGAGCACGGCACCUUGUUGGACGUCGCUAAUAAGUACAAGAGUAACGGUCAGCGGAUCUCCGAGGAAGUCGCGAUGGCUCUAACCGUUGCCUUACUGCGCAUGCUUCAAACCAUGCACGCCUGUGACGUCAUCCACGGAGACCUCAAGCCGGAUAACGUGCUGGUGCUGGAGAGUGAGAACUCAGUUGCGCUCCGGCUCAUUGACUUUGGUCGCAGCAUUGACAUGCGUCUGUUUCCGCCCGGUACGUCCUUCACUGCCAACUGCUACACAGAGGCUUUUCAGUGCAUUGAGAUGAAAACCAGAAGGCCUUGGACAACACAGGUUGACACAUACGGUCUGCUUGGGGUGUUGCACUGCCUCUUCCAUGGCGAGUACAUGAAUGUGUUCCGAAAACCAAAAACGAACCGGUGGACUCCGACCAAAUCCUUUCAGCGAUCAUGGUCAGGAUGUUGGAGCAAAUUGUUCGACACCCUACUCAAUAUACCAAGCGUCAAUCAGCAACCAUCGCUCACCGAUCUGCUGAGCGAGUUUGAAAGCCUCCUCCAACAGCGCAAGGACGAUAACAGCUUCAGCCGAGCGAUGAAACGACACGACAUACUAAUGAGCAGCUAAAGCGAACUCGUAAAGAUGAUCAACAUCUACAGGCGAGAUAUGAAACGACACGACGUACUAAUGGGCAGCUAAAGCGAACUCGUGAAGAAUUUCAACAGCUACAGCCGAGCAAUGAAACGGCACGACAUACUGAUGAGCAGCUAAAGCGAGUUCGACAUUUAUGCAACAAUAGGCACUAAAAGGCAAAUCACAUUAAUCACCAAGCGACGUUGACAUUUCAACCAAGAUGAAUUCCAUGAAGUCUGCACGUGGAAUACACGUGGAGAACUUUCUUUUAUAGUGAGGCUGCCGUACCCAGUACUUCGGUUCCUCAAGUGUUCACGUGACUGACAGGGCCACCUCGAGUCACGCAAUGCAUUUCACGCUUGACAUUGUAACGUUACCUUUUUAUAUAUCAUUUUCAACCUUGAGUCGUGUAUAUUACAUAGUAGUUUUCUAUUCUGUUUUAUUUGUUUGACUAAAUACGAAAAACGAAAUUUAAAUGCGUUUUCAGGCUGUUUUUUUUUUUUUACAGCUAUUAAUAGCCUUUUGCGAAUAGCGGGAAUCUAUUUGUUUGCCUAUAUUACCUGUGGCUAUUCGACCACGGGGGCCACGCUGGUUAUUUGGCACAGAGUUUAGCUUCUCCGUGGGCACACGCGGGCAUCAGGGAAAUGCAAAUGGAAUAGAAAAUCUGAACGCGGAAAGCCUGUGGCGAGUAAACGGGGAUGGAAGGGGGCGGGGGAGUCAAAGGGCGUUGCAUACGGAGAAGGCUUCAUGUUGGUACCUUAAGAUAAGAGGACGCGCAAGAUAUGGCUGCCUGUAAAAAAAUAAAUACAAUGCUAAAAGGUCAGCUGAGGCAAUUAAUUAACAAUUAUCAAUUGAUUUCUUUUACUCAGGGCCACAAGUUUAUCACAGAUAGCGGCCUUUGUAAAAUAAACACAAUGUUGGCUAUCAAAGCGCUCUCUAGUCCAGACCUGGGACUCUCUUUGCGCUCGACAUUCUGGCUUGCGUAAAAGAGGGUCCAGUAUUUAUUGCAUGCGCAUGCGCGAACAUGUACCAAUCAGCGACUCACGGCAAAAGUUGAAAUACGAGCGCGCGCAAUAACGGACGUGCAAAAGGAAGGUCGAUUCCCGCUAGACUUUGUCGAGCGCAGAGCUCCGAAAAUCGAUCAUCGCUAAGUUGAAAAGAAUGUUUUGUACAUGUGAAGGAAUAUCAGCGAACUGCUUGGGAUUUGUUUUCUAUAAAAACGC